AUGUUUCUGCAGUGGAUGGACGAGUACGAAACAACAUGCAAGUACAACAUCGCCGAAACCUGCUGUGCCAGUAUCUCAAUCAAACAUCUUGUCGACCUGUGCGAAGACAAGCGCACCAAAGCAGAAGACCUCAUCGACCUUGAAGCGCCGCAGACUUAUGGUGAAAUCCGCGGCACCACAGAACUUCGCUCCAAUUUAAGUCGUCUCUACUCAACCAAAACCGGCACACCUCUGCCAGCCGACAAUGUCCUCAUAACUCCUGGAGCUAUCUCCGCAAAUCAUCUCGCACUGUACUCUCUGGUCGCAGCUGGUGACCAUGUCAUCUGCCACUACCCAACAUACCAGCAGCUCUACACCAUCCCUGAAACCCUGGGCGCAUCUGUUUCCUUGUGGAAAUCAGACCCUUCGAACAAAUGGCUGCCCGACUUCGAAAACCUCAGAACCCUUGUCAAAGACAACACAAAACUGAUCAUCAUCAACAAUCCACAGAAUCCCACUGGCCAAAUCCUACCCAAAUCCCUCCUUCAAAACCUCAUCGACUUUGCUGAGUCCAAAAACAUAGCCGUCAUGUCCGACGAAGUCUACCGCCCUUUAUUCCAUGGCAUCGGUCCGAUGGACCUGGAGUUUCCUCCCUCAAUCCUUUCAAUGGGCUACCGCAACACGAUCGUUACAGGCUCACUGUCAAAAGCCUACUCUCUAGCCGGCAUCCGAACCGGAUGGGUCGCAUCAAGAAACCCAAAUUUAGUAAGUGAAAUGGCCAAGACGAGGGACUACACCACCAUCUCCGUAUCGAAGAUGGAUCAGAGUGUAGCGAACUUUGCAUUAGGACCGGAUACCAUUCAUGCUCUUUUGGGGAGGAAUAUCGCGCUCGCGAGGACGAACAUUGAGAUUUUGGAACGCUGGGUAAUCAAGCACGAUGACUUCUGUUCUUGGACGAAACCUGUCGCGGGCACGACGGCUUUUAUCAAAUUUGAACGGGACGGCAAGAAGAUUGAUGCGGAGGCGUUUUGUAAAGACGUGCAAGUCAAGACUGGAGUGAUGGUUUUGCCUGGCACGUGUUUCGGACAAGAUGAAUUCGAGGGAUAUGUGAGGUUCGGCUUUGCUGGUGGCACGGAGGUGCUCAAAGAAGGGCUGGAGGAGUUGAGGAAGUAUAUGAGGAAGGAGUUUGACGGUAUUCCGUUGGCGAAAGAGUAG